AUGCCACGAACAUAUGUCAGAGAGUCAAAUAGGGUUCAAUGGUCGGAGUCAGACAGACUUUUAGCCAUAAAUUCGGUGAUGGGAGGUAGAAUGGGAUAUCUUUUAGCGUCAAAUAUAUAUAAUGUACCUAAAAGUUCAUUAGAAGAUCGUAUAAAGAAGAUAAAACGUGGAAAAUCCAAAGAAGUAAAACCAAGAAAAGAAAAUCCCGUGCUUCUUGUCUUAGAUGGUCACGCCACACACACUAAAAACUUAGAAGCUAUUGAGCUAACUUGUGCUUAUGGUGUCAUAAUGCUCUGCUUGCCACCUCACUGCGCGCAUCGCUUACAGCCACUCGAUGUUGGUUUUAUGGGGCCGUUGAGCACGUUUUACUCGCAAGAAAUCCAGUAA